UAAGCUCUUGCGGAGGUCGGGAGUCGCCUGACCGGAUGGUAGAAGUUUUGUGUAGCGACUGGAGUUUUAUUUCUCGUAUUGAGUCUACUAGUGCCUUUCGUUGCAAUCUUUAACGAUAGUUUCCUUAUAUUUCUGGAUGUUCGAUUAUUCUAUUGAGAACUAUUAAACAAAACAAACAGAAGUAGAGACUGCUUCCAAACAAAAGUGGACCAAGUAUCUAUCCAUUCCCAGUUUACGAAUCCAAAGUAAAACCAAACCUAGCGGUAAACAGCUAUGGGGAACCGGGGGAUGGAGGACUUGAUUCCCCUCAUCAAUAAAUUGCAAGACGCCUUCAGUUCCAUCGGACAGAGCUGUAACUUGGACCUACCGCAAAUCGCUGUGGUUGGAGGGCAGAGCGCCGGGAAAAGCUCAGUCUUGGAAAAUUUCGUCGGGAGGGAUUUUCUUCCUCGAGGGUCAGGCAUUGUCACCCGCAGGCCUCUUAUCCUUCAACUGGUGCACAACAAAGCAGAAUAUGCAGAGUUCCUGCACUGUAAGGGACGGAAGUUUGUGGAUUUUGAGGAGGUGCGGAUGGAGAUUGAAGCAGAAACAGACAGAAUCACAGGAUCCAAUAAGGGCAUCUCCCCCAUCCCCAUCAACCUGAGAGUGUACUCUCCGCAUGUGCUGAACCUGACCCUGAUUGACCUCCCGGGAAUGACCAAGGUGGCGGUGGGGGACCAGCCCCUGGACAUCGAGCACCAGAUCAGAGACAUGCUGCUGCAGUUCAUCACUAAAGACAGCUGCCUGAUUCUGGCUGUCACUCCUGCCAACACUGACCUGGCCAACUCCGACGCCCUGAAGAUUGCAAAGGAGGUGGAUCCACAAGGUCUGCGUACCAUCGGCGUGAUCACCAAGCUGGACCUGAUGGACGAGGGAACAGAUGCCAGAGACAUCCUGGAGAACAAACUGCUGCCGCUACGCAGGGGCUACAUUGGUGUGGUGAACCGCAGUCAGAAGGACAUUGACGGGAGGAAGGAUAUCCGCGCAGCGCUGGCUGCUGAGAGAAAGUUCUUCCUGUCUCACCCUGGGUACAGACACCUAGCCGAGCGCAUGGGCACCCCUCACCUGCAGAAAACCCUCAACCAGCAAUUGACCAAUCACAUACGAGACACUCUGCCAGGCCUACGCAGUAAGCUGCAGAGUCAGCUGCUCUCUCUGGAGAAGGAGGUUGAGGAGUACAAGAAUUUUCGCCCUGAUGACCCCACCCGCAAGACUAAGGCCCUUUUGCAGAUGGUGCAGCAGUUUGGGGUGGACUUUGAAAAACGGAUUGAGGGUUCUGGGGACCAGGUGGACACGGUGGAGCUGUCGGGUGGAGCCAGGAUAAAUCGGAUUUUCCACGAGAGAUUCCCCUUUGAGCUGGUCAAGAUGGAGUUUGAUGAGAAAGAGUUGAGACGAGAGAUAAGUUAUGCUAUCAAGAACAUCCAUGGUGUGAGAACGGGCCUGUUCACUCCAGACCUGGCCUUUGAAGCCAUCGUGAAAAAGCAGUUGGUUAAGCUGAAAGAGCCGUGUCUCAAAUGUAUCGAUCUGGUCAUUCAAGAGCUCAUCAACACAGUCAGGCAGUGCACCAACAAGCUGGGUUCCUACCCCAAACUGAGAGAGGAAACCGAGAGGAUUGUCACCACCUACGUCCGUGAGAGAGAGGGCAAGACCAAGGACCAGGUUCUGCUGCUGAUUGACAUUGAGCUGUCCUACAUCAACACCAACCAUGAGGACUUCAUUGGCUUCGCCAAUGCCCAGCAACGGAGUGCUCACGUGAACAAGAAGAGGGCCAUGCCAAACCAGGUGAUACGGAGAGGCUGGCUUACCCUCAAUAUCAGUAUCAUGAAGGGGGGGUCCAAAGACUACUGGUUUGUCCUGACAGCAGAGUCCCUGUCCUGGUACAAGGAUGAGGAGGAGAAGGAGAAGAAGUACAUGUUGCCGCUGGAUAACCUGAAGCUUAGAGAUGUGGAGAAAGGCUUCAUGUCCACUAAACACAUCUUUGCCAUCUUCAACACAGAGCAGAGGAACGUGUAUAAGGACCUGCGGCAGGUGGAGCUGGCCUGUGACACUCAGGAGGAUGUGGACAGCUGGAAAGCUUCAUUCCUCCGGGCAGGAGUGUACCCCGAAAAAGACCAGGUGGAGAGUGAGGAGGGGGUACCGGCCGACACCUUCUCCAUGGACCCCCAGCUGGAGCGGCAGGUGGAGACCAUCCGCAACCUGGUGGACUCCUACAUUGGCAUCGUCAACAAGUCCAUCCGUGACCUCAUGCCCAAGACCAUCAUGCACCUGAUGAUCAACAGCGCGAAGGACUUCAUCCACUCAGAGCUGCUGGCGUACCUGUACUCCUCGGGAGAUCAGAACUCUCUGAUGGAGGAGUCGGUGGAGCAGGCCCAGAGACGGGACGACAUGCUGCGUAUGUACCACGCCCUGAAGGAGGCGCUACUGAUCAUCGGAGACAUCAGCACCUCCACCAUCUCCACCCCCAUGCCCCCCCCCGUGGAUGACGACUGGAUACAGAAUGACCCCAGUCCUCCUGCAUCACACAGAGCUGCAGCUGUGGCCCCGCCCCCUGGCCGCCCCCCAGCAGUGAGGGGGCCGACUCCAGCCCCCACCCUGAAUCCCAGCCCUGCAUUCGGAGCUCCGCCCAUCCCAUCUCGCCCAGGCCCGCCUGUCAAUGCCUUGGGUUCAGACCCCCCUCAGAUCCCAUCCCGCCCUGCGAGAGUGCCCCCUGCACUGCCCCCUGGUGUCCCAAACAGAAGGCCCCCCACUGCCCCAGCUCGUCCCACUGUAAUCCGCCCAGCUGAGCCGUCUUUACUGGACUAGACUGGGGGUUCGGGGGGCUGCUGGGAUGGCCAUCAGCCAGGGGGCGGAGCCACAGGGUAAACCCAGGUAACUGAGGGGGGUCCAAAUAUAGGGGCUGGGCCCAAAAUUGGUCAAAGUUUUUCAUAUGCACACUCACACUGACUCACUCACUCACUCACGCACACACACACAGACACACACACGCACACAUGCAUGCAUGCAUGCACACACACACACACACAGAAACACACACACACACGCAUGCAUGCACACACAUGCACACACAUACGCACGCACACACGCACGCACACUCACUCAUUCACUCACAUAGAGACACGCACACACAUGCAUGCACACUCACUCGUUCACUCACAUAGAGACACACACACACACACUCACACAGAGACACAUUCACUCACUCUGACCUUUCACCCCUGAUUUCCCCUUCUUCCCUUCACCUGACGUUUUACCUUCAACCCCUGACCUUUUACCUCUGUUGUAAUGUCCACAAACACACUACUCAAUUUUUAUGAUGCUAAUGAUGAGAAUAAUAGAUUUCCUGAAACUGAAAAUAAGCAGUUUGUAUGCUUUUAUUUUAGUGGGGCUGUUCUUAAUUUCUUUCUUUUGUGUAUUUGCAAAAAGAGUUUUUUUUUUUUUCUUCACCUUGUUCCUUGCUUUACAGCCCUUUGUAAUUUUCACAUGAAUGAUGUUGAUGGUCCUGCCCUGUCUUAAUAGUGGAAGCCCAUUUUGUUAAAACACCUUUCCAAGAUUAAAAUAAUGCAAAAUGUUCAUGAAUAAAUAAAAUGAAUGGCCGUGGAACAGGACGCUGUGUUUAGGGCAGAGAGUGAGGGGCCCGGUUUCCUGUUCUGUCCCCCAGACAAUGUUCUGAUUGGCCAGCACUAAAGUACGCCACACCUAUUCUUUCAAGCCUCUCUUCCCAAAUGUAAAAGUUUGUUGUUUGAAGCUUAUGAUUUAAAAUUUGUAUAUAUGUAUUUUUGCAAGCACUUUUCAGAUGUUAACUAUGCAGAAAGCAAAGCAAAAACACAGGUACAGCUGUCUGUGUGUGAGCAUGUGUGUGUGUGCGCGUGCGUGUGCGCAUGCAUGUGUGUGUGCAGAAAUACACGUGUGUUUGUGUGUCAGCAUUUGUGUGUAAAUGCAUGUCGGCAUAUACGCAUGAAAAUCUAUGCCCAUGUGUGCAUGUGUGACCAUGUGCGUGUGUGUGUGUGUGUGUGCCUGUGUGUGUACGUGUGUGAGCAUGCGUGUGUGUGUGUGUGUGUGUGCAUACAUGUGUGCGUGUGCGUGUACAUGUGUGUGUGUGCGAGUGUGAGCGUGUGUGUGUGCGUGAGCGUGUGUGUAUGCAUUCAGGAGCAGCCUGACAGCUGUAUUCUACAGACCAGCAGGACCAGAGCAAUGCAUAGAGAUAAAUAACCUCAUUAUCCUCAUUGGAGUUCACACACUUACAUUUCAGUCUUCUAUGAUUGCAUCAAACCCUGCUUGACCCCUCACAGAUUUGCAUACCUGACAUUUAUUAAAGCUUAAAAUAGGGGAAAAUGCAGUGGUUCUGACUCAAUGCCAAGGGAACAUGAUGUAACGUUUGCCGUUUUUCUUUUUUGUAACUAAUUAUAUGAAAAUGGUGUUUUUUCCUCUGUGUGUGCAUGUCAGUCCUGUACAGACCCUGUAGCUAUGGUGUCCAUCUUUCUGAAACACUCUGAUCACUGCUUCCUGCCACACUGUCUAACUGCAGUGUACAAGGUCUCACUAGCCAGAUCAGAUCACUCAUCAAGCGAUUGACACAAUAAAAUGGGUUUAAAACUGAGAAAA